AUGCCGCAGCUCACAAACGAGAGGAACAAGACCAUGGUGGCGGGAGCGACCGCAGGUGUCGCAGAGGCUCUCGCCACAAUGCCGUUCGAGGUUACAAAGAAUCGCAUCCAGAUGGGCCACGGACCGCCCGCGAUCCUUCUCAACGCGCGUGAUACCGUCGCGAAGAAGGGUGUGCGUGGCCUCUACUAUGGUCUGCAGCCGCAGCUGCUCCAGGUCUCCGCCAAGUCGUCCCUCCGCUUCGUGGCGUUUGAGACGUACCAGCGCAUGCUCCCGGGCAGCACGUUCACGUGCGGCAUGCUCGCGGGGCUGACAGAGGCGCUUGUGCUGGUUGCGCCGACCGAGCGGCUCAAGAUCCUGCGGACGGCGGAGCUCAGGGCCGGGGCUCACUCUGCCGGCGCGUCUUCGUCCGUCUUCCACGCGGCAGGCGCGCUCGUCCGGGAGCAGGGCGUGGCGGGCUUGUGGCACGGCGCGGCGCCGACAGCGGCACGGCAGAUGCUGGCGAACGGGCUCCGCUUCUUCUUCUACGACCACUUCAAGGCGGCGCUCAAGGGCGUGUCUGGGUCGGCGGCCAUCGCGGGUGGGAUGACCGGCGUCGUAUCUGUAGUCCUCACGAACCCGGUCGACGUCGUCAAGACGCGCAUCCAGGCAGCGCCAGCAGGAGGCGGGCUAGGCGCACAGGUCGGCACGGUGCGGGAGAUGAUCGCAGCGGAAGGGUGGGUCACCCUCACCCGCGGGAUGAGCGCGCGCGCCCUGAAGAUUGGCUCCGGGCAGGCGGUCAUAUUCGGAGUGUUUGACUGUGUUAAGCGGCGCCUCUAG